UCCCAGCUUAUUGUUUCAUGGUACUUGCAUGCAUUAUAGAGACACUUUCUGCUUUUUCAGGUUUUUUUGCUACUGGGAUUCAGAUCUUUCCUGUAGGUUUGCUUUUCAUAUAGCUCCUUGACCAUGUCUGCUGUGCACAUGGUUCUCCUGGGGCUUCCCCUUGCCUGGCUGCUAAGACGUAUAUUCUUUCCUUAUUUGUGGCAGGACAUUAAUUUCUUUUUUAGGGCUCUGCGCUACAUGACAAAGAUGACACGCCAAUCUCAGCGCUCUCCUCCAUUUUUGUUGUUAGAUAUAUUUUUGCAGCAACUAUCUGUAAGAGCUCAUCAGAACUUUAUUAUUUAUCAAGAUCAAGCUUACACCUACAUGGAUAUAGAUCUGAAAAGCAAUCAGUUAGCGUGGGCACUGAAACAACACGCUAAACUUAAACAAGGAGACUGUGUGGGCCUCUUCAUGUCUAAUGAACCUGCCUAUGUAUGGAUAUGGCUGGGACUUUUAAAACUGGGAUGUCCAAUGGCUUGCCUGAACUACAACAUACGGUCUAAGUCUUUUCUGCAUUGCUUCAAGUCAAGUGGAGCAAAGGUGCUAAUUGCUGCUCCAGAACUAAAGAAUGCAGUGGAAGAGGUGCUGCCAGCUCUAACUCAAGAAGGUGUGCAAGUAUUUUAUCUGAGCAGAGAUUCUUCUACAGUUGGGGUAGACAGCCUCCUUGAGAAAGUUGAAUCUGCAUCUGACAACCCCAUCUCUAGAUCUCACAGAUCCAACGUCACACGGAAAUCACCAGCUCUGUAUAUUUACACUUCUGGAACCACAGGUCUCCCCAAGGCUGCCAUUGUGACACAAGGACGACUUUUGAUAAGCUCAUCUUUAUCUACAUUAUCUGGUGUUACCUCAACGGAUGUGUUGUACAUUACUCUGCCUCUUUACCACAGCGCUGCCCUAAUGAUAGGGAUUCGUGGAUGCAUUGAUAAAGGGGCAACUUGUGUUUUAAGGAAUAAAUUUUCAGCCAGCCAGUUCUGGAAUGAUUGCAGAAAAUACAACGUGACUGUUUUCCAAUACAUAGGGGAGCUACUCCGAUACCUGUGUAAUACUCCUAAGAAAGACAAUGAUCGAGACCAUCGUGUACGGCUUGGUUUGGGGAACGGUGCCAGGCCUGAUGUCUGGAAGGAGUUUCUUAAUCGUUUUGGUCAAAUCAAAUUAUUUGAAUUCUAUGCCGCAACAGAAAGCAAUGCAGUUUUUUUUAACUACACAGGAAAAAUAGGGGCAAUUGGUAGAAAUAAUUUUUUGUUUAAGCUUGCUCGACCAUAUGAACUGAUCAAAUAUGAUGUGGAAAAAGAGGAACCAAUCAGAGAUGCCUCAGGGCACUGUAUACCGGUAUCAACAGGAGAAACCGGUCUGUUAAUUGCAAAAAUUACCAGCCACGCCCCCUUUAGUGGUUACGCUGGAGAGGUUUCCCAGACUGAGAAGAAGAAACUUAGAAAUGUUUUUAAAAAGAAAGACCUGUAUUUCAACACUGGAGACUUGCUAAUGAUUGACAAAGAGGGUUUUGUUUACUUUCAGGAUCGUAUAGGAGACACAUAUCGGUGGAAGGGUGAAAAUGUAGCUACUACAGAAGUAGCAGAUAUUGUUGGAAUGGUUGAUUUCAUUGAAGAGGCCAAUGUCUUUGGUGUGCCAGUGCCUUCUCAUGAAGGAAGAAUUGGAAUGGUUUCAAUCAUACUUAAGGAAGGCAAAACAUUCAAUGGAAAAAAGCUGUAUGCUCACAUAGUGGAUUAUUUGCCAAGCUAUGCCAGGCCUUGUUUUGUUAGAAUCCAGAAAUCCAUGGAAGUCACUGGCACCUUCAAACAACGUAAAGUGGGACUUGUUCAGGAUGGCUUCAACCCACUCACAAUAAAAGAUCCACUGUAUUUUCUAGAUGACAGUGUGAAAACAUACAAACCAAUGGACCUCAGCAUUUACAAUUCAAUUUUAAAUAAGGAAAUUAAACUGUAGCAAAAUGUUUCUAAAUUCAUUUAAAAUAAAAUAAACUGUGUAUGA